AGUGCAGGUCAUGAAUUUAUCAAUGGCUGGCUGCAAGGAUUGAACAAUGCCUAAGCUCUUAGUAGAAGAUGGGUGGAGUGGUAAAAACAGGAGAGGAAUGGGUGGAGGGCUGGUCGCUUGACCCUCACUGGACACAGUACAGAGAGAGUGAAGGAUUUGCCCUGACAUAUGAGGAUAAGAAUCAGAUAGAAAGGCCUAUGAUAACCUGUUAAUACAGACGCCCUGAUAUCUGAGGCAUAGAGGACCAUGAAGUGCUGGGAGCUACUUUUGCUCAUUUUCAUAGCAAUCAAAGUUGUCAAAACACAGUGGAAUGUAUGGAUGCCACGGGAUAUCUCAGCCAUGACCAACUCAUGUGUAGUUAUCCCCUGUUCAUUUAUGUACCCUUCGGGAGUCAGGCCUUAUCGUGGGGUCCAUGGAAUAUGGUAUUUUGGUCAGCCAUAUCCACAGUUAUUCCCUCCUGUGGUAUUCAAAUCUCGGACAGACAUUGUGCACGAGAGUUACAAAGGCCGCACUAAACUACUUGGUGACCUGCACCAGAAGAACUGUACACUGAGGAUCAGCAACAUCGGUCCUGAGCACUCUGGAAGAUACUACUUUCGUGCAGACCUUGGUGGAGCCAAUAUUUAUACAUACCCAGAUUUUUCAGAAGUAAAGGUCCUGGACCAACCAAACAUUGAUGUACCUGAGGAAAUUGUUAGUGAUGACAGCCUUGAUUUGACAUGUUAUGCUCCAGACAACUGUCCUGAUAUGAGCCCUGAAAUACACUGGAUGUACACAGAUUAUCUACCAGACCCACUCUUCACUGCAGACUACUUGGAAGACAGUAACACAGCUGUGAUAUCCAGCACUUUAACUUUUACCCCCAGACCAAUGCACAAUGGCCAACUGCUUGGCUGUCGAGUUCACUAUCCAAACACCACCUUUGUGUAUGAACAUCUCAUUUCAUUGGAUGUAAAGUAUGCUCCCCAAACUGUGUGGGUAAAUGUGUCCCAAGAGGUCAUGGAAGGAAGUUCAGUGGUGCUUCACUGUGAAGUAGACAGUAACCCAGUGUCCCGCAUCUCUUGGCACUUUGGUGAUGAAGAGCUUCUGUCCGAUACAGCUUCAAAUGUCUCACUCUACCUAGAGGACGUGAAUCCUACCCAGGAGGGUAUCUACACCUGUGUUGGUGACAAUGGCUAUGGUGUUAUGAACACCUCCAUGUACCUGGCUGUCAAGUAUCCACCCCGUGAUCCUUGGGUGAACAGUUCUCUGACAGUGCUGGAGGGUUCAUCCAUAUACCUCCACUGCAACACACAAGGCAGCCCAGUGCCUACUCUUACUUGGCUAAAGGAUGGGGAGCUGGUGGGCACCAUUAUAGCUGAUGAGCUUUCUGUCUUGGAACUGGUGGAGCUGACACCUCAAGAAGGUGGCCAGUAUCGUUGCUUGGCUGAGAAUGAGCAUGGGCGUUCAUCCAGCUCACUUAACAUCACAGUGGAGUUUGCUCCUAUUCUUCUGGAUGAAUCAAAAUGUACAGUAGUCCGUGAGGGUGUCCAGUGUGUCUGCAUGGCAACAGGAAACCCUGAGCCAGCUAUUGAGUUUUACCUUCCUGACCUCAACAUCACCAUAAAUGAGACAGAGAAUCGCUUCAACUACUACACACACACAGAUGGCUACACAUCAACUGGAAUGAUCAAGCUGCGAGACAAAGGUGAACAAAUGGGCAAUGGAGGGACUGGUAUUCAUGUCCAUUGUAGCAUCACCAACAUUUAUGGCACCGAAACCGUCCAACUGGAACUGCAGCAGGAGAAAAAGUAUAUGAUGGCUGUGAUAGUGGGAACUAUAGGAGGAGUAGCAGUCAUUGCCUUCAUCAUUGCUGCAGUGAGAUAUGUUGGCCAUAACAACAAGAAAGAGAAUGGCAACCCUGGGCAGGACCUGGUUUCUAAACUGGAGAAUCCAUCAAUGUUCUACAGCGCAGUCAAGAAGGACAAACACAGUCUCAGGAAGAAAGUGCUUAAGACUGAGCUGCUGGGCUCAAAGUUUAACUCCAUCCUAGAAGAGAAUACCACGGGAGAAGAGGGGGAUUAUCAGUCUGUGGGCUCUGUGGCAGGCUUACACAGGCCAGAGCUGAACUACGCUGCCUUGGAGUUCAUGAGAGGGAGGCCUAGGGAAGGGAAAGCAGGAACAGGGGAUGACACCAGUGACUACACUGAAAUCAAAUCCAAGUGAAGCGCAGUGCUUCUCUGACACAUUUGCUGCAUUGGACACAGUAUCUGGAUACCAUCUUCUCCCCUCACACUACUCAACACCACUUCACCUCCAAGCUACCACCAUGGCAUUGAUCAUAUUUUAUCAAGUAAUAUUUGCUAAGGUUUGGUGCAAAUCAGUAUGUCAAACAACAACUGCAAACAACGGCAAAAAGUGGUUUCUGUCAACAGUAAAGCCUCUCCACAACAUUAUUCCCAGACCAUAUGUUCCUACUCAGUCUUUCAGUAACCAUCAUGUAAAAAGAAAAAUAUGCUACCAAAAAGUAAACUUUCCACCUUCAGGGCUCUAAUUUGUGUGAUGUGCAACAAGGUAGGCAGUACGCUUAGUUUGUCGUGCUUGAACUAAAGCUAAUUCAAUUACAGGCAAAACCAUUUAGCUAAUUUAAUACCAUGUGCACAAUACUUCACGCAAACAUGGGUGCGGUAAUUGAGUUUCUUAUAUACCCUGCACAAUUUUCAUGAAACUUCUAAAAAUCAAGGAGGACCAGACCAAUGUCAACCUGUGUCAUGUAGAUGUUAAAAAGCUCUACUAAUUACUCAACCCAUUUAUUCUUGAUUGUACCCAGCCAUGUGUCAAUAAAUUAGCACAUGUAUGCACAGUGCAAUUUCAAAUUAGAGUCCUUUUUACCCUUGCCAUGCUCUAUCUCACUCUAUGCAGUGACUGCCAAAGUGACAGGGAAGAGUUGCCUCUGUUUUGGGAACCCUGAAAUAAUAUAAUGCGAAAACUUUGCCAUCAGUGAUUGCAUAUUAUUUAGCUAUUAUUCCAAAUUUCAUGAAAUUCAUUGUUUUAAGUCUCCUUUCAUUUGUCAAGAUUGAUUUGAUUGAUAUACUGUAUGACUACACUGACAUAAAACAGUAGUUCAUCUGUCUCUGUACCAAUAUCACAUCCAGGGACGAAUGUAUUCAAUCGUCGCGUGCAACUUCUCACUGAAUCAUAUAUUCACAUAUUCUCACAAUUUUGUACAGAGGGUUUUUUGUUAGAUUAUCACCAUGUUCUCUUCAUAUGAACCUGAGGCAAUUGUGUUGUUAAUGUCCACUCUCACAGUUAUCUUUAAAUGAGUUGUGACACAUAUUAAAUUGGUUAAAUUAGUAUGUAGCAUUUUCCCAAUAAACCUUGUCACGCCUAUGGAUGGACUUGAAUUGCUCUAGCUGUGGGGUCACUGCCAUGUAGUUCAAAUUUGUGUUCAAAGUUAUAUAUUCUGUUCUUAAAGAUAAUGCAUGUCUCCAUUUUGCAAUUUGCGACAUACUACUUUAGCAGAGAAUGAAUAAUCCAGGGGUUUGUUUCUAGGAAGGGCCGUUGGCUAACUUGCUUGGUAGUUAUAACUGUCGUUCAUGGAUGAAGUGUUUCAAGAAAGGAUAGUUCCAACCAACAAUCACAAAUUUGGUCGGAAAUUUGUUGUGCUUGGCAGCUUUAAAGGGGUUGUUGAAGCAUCAUUCGUAGAUAUUUGCAGUUGUCUGCGUUUUAAUUGCAGUUUGACAAGACUGAACUUCUACAUACUAAGGUACCUGAACAACCUCCAACUGAACAUUUCACUUAUCAUAACAUUUUAAAAUUAUAUUUAUUCAUCUUGAGUGCAAGGGUGUGUAACAAAGGAGAUUACGAUGGUGGUUAGACACAACUGUGCCCAACAAAAUCUGGCUGUAAUUAAGAAAAUAUUGAGACAUGACAAACAAUUUCUUACAUUCAUUAUUAGUUGGUUGUGCAAUCUCAAUAAUUGUUAUGUAUGAUGUAGCCCUAUAGAUGCUCUAGUAAAUGUGUAGGACUCAUUUUUAACCCUCAACUUGUAGUAUGACGUCAUUAACACUGGUCUGUGUUUUGCACGAUGGAACUUGCUAUUUUCGACCAAACAGAUCUUUCUAGACAGAUUUCUAAGUAGGUCAUUAUUUGAGUGAGAGUUGUGUCAUACCAUGGUGGUUUAGCAAAGGAUAAGGUAGCUUUUCUAGAAAUGAACCCCAGGCCAUUGCACUACAACAUGUCUAAUUCACAUGCAGUCCUUAGUGUCAAAUAAUUUGGGUAUUGGUUUAAUAGAAGUUUUUCUUUCAUUUAUAAAACUGGUCAUCCUCCCUUAGUGCCUGUGUUCAACAUGACCUAACAUUGCAGUAAACAAAUUUGAAUAUUGCACUCUCUAGUAUUUAAUAUAUCUUUGACUGGGUGAUUCCUUCCCGGAAUGAUGUCUGCUCAGUUACUGCAGCAACAGGCCAACACAAUAUGUGCGUGAGGAUUACUGACAGCAAUGACUGAUAGACAGACCGUUUAACCUCUUUCAUCACGGUUUGUUCCUCUGUCAUCAUUAUUAUCAUAUCCCAUCUCAUACUAUGCACAGCCAUUUGCAUUUUUCCCUGUCAGGUAUCUUUUACUGUUUGCAUUGAAGAGUGCUUAGAAAUUUUUUUGUGUGUACACAGGGUAUAUAUGCCCCCUCAGUAAAGGAGGAUUCUGCUACUUCAAAGGAACAUGAUGAGUUAAGAUACUGACAGUGCUGGAGUCCUUCAUAUGACGCAGACCUAUUAAGACAAUGUGAUAGAGAGAUCACUGAUAAUGAAAAACAGAAAGAUGCAAUGGUGGUAGUCUUUGAAAACACACCUGUGAAUUAUUAAUGAUUUAUUGACGGCUAUUGAUCUUACUGUAAUUAGUUCUGAAUGUUUGUGUAUUAAUGUAUUGCAUAUUUAUGUAAACCAUGGCAACACAGUAAAAUAAUGGAUUAAAUUACUAAAAAGUUUAACUUUUAUGAGAGCUGACAAGGUUCAGCAGGGAAGGAUAUGAAGUUAAGUGAAGAUCCAGAGCAUGACAUACCAAAUAAUCAAAUUAUCAACAAAUAAUCAGGCUUCAUUUCAAGGAUGUCAGAAAUCCAUUGUGACCACUCCUGUUGUGAAAACUGGUAAAACUUGGGGAUACAUUUUGUUAUUUUGCAUGUAUGAUAUACAGCACACGUUUGACAUUACAUUGAUUUUAUCAAUGAUCAGUGUAAACUUUUUGUACAGUGACUUGAUCAUUUCAAACUCAACUCUGUAAUGUAAAAGCUGUUGCUAUUAAAUAUUGACAAUAUAAUAUGAA